CAGGGCUAGAUGAUCGCAGGGCUUACCAUGAUUUCUGAAUCUUCGAUUCUCAUCAUCCAGUCGUUAUGGUCACCUCUCUCGCAUUCGCUUUACGGAGCCGCGGACUGACUCGAGUGUAACUCUUAUCUGGAAUUCUAAGAGCUUGGCUUCAGCGAGGCGAAACCGGCCGUGUAGCAUGGAAACGGACCCCUGGAGUGGACCUGCGUCAAUACCCUACAAUCAGCUUCAGCAGCUACAGCAGCAGCAGCAGCAGCAAGGACAGCAGCCAUAUGGUUACCCGUACUCGUCAUCCUCGAUAAUAGGUCCUCCUCCUCCCCCGGUUUCGCAGAUUCAAGGCACCAUGCGAUCCUUCGCGCAGCUUUCCACGUCAGAGCGAUUCAGGGGGCCUUGUCCCGGCGCUGAUGUCGGGUUAAAACGGAAACGAGCGGGAAAGCUGGACGCGAUGAUCCAGGGAAACCCUAAGAUUCUUCUGGCGGCCAGUCCCGUGUUUCACGGUCGGUACACGGAUAAGAGCCUGCCGUUUGUGCUCGCUCCGGGACCGACACGUGGCGGUGACGUUUCCGUGCAGAUUCGCGUGAUCGUCGACGAGCGCACGAGCUUCACGGCCAGGGGAACAUCAAGGACGAGGAAGGAGGCCGAACGGCAGUGCGCCAUAGACGCAUGCUUCCAUCUUAAGGAUCUGGAUCUGCUACGGCUGCCUGAAGAAGCAGCUCCUCCCCUUGCGGUCAUCACAGGCAGUGGGUCCGGACCAAGAGGAGGAGGAGGAGGAGGAGGAGGAGGGGGAGGGGGAGGGGGAGGAGGAGGGGGGGGUGGAGGAGGAGGGGGAGGAGGAGGUGGGCUGUCAUCCGUGUGGGCUGAGAACCCCAAGAAUUUCUUGCAGCACUGUGCGGUGUUCAAGGACUGGAUCGUCAACAAGGGGCAGAAGCUCAACAUCCGAGUCUCCUCUGCAGGCCCCGACCAUGGCAAGGUGUUUUACGCAGAGCUAGACGUGCCUUUAGCGAGGGGCGGCGGGCAGGUGUGGGUGGCGAGGGGAAGGGGGCGCAACAAGGCGGACGCGGAGAGGAGCUGCUGUGUGGCGGCAUGUGAAAGGCUGCACGAGCUGGGGCUAUUGAAGGCCCCCUCCUCGUCUUCCCUUGCUGGCAUGGGCCAAAGUGGUGGCGGCGGUGGAGGCAUGCUGGGAAAGGAGCAGGGACAGACCCCCCGCCUCUCCCUCGCCCCAUCAGACAUCACCCUCCUCGAGUCCGUCCUCUCCGAAUUCCACUCCAGUCUCCCCCAACCUCCGCCUCUACCCCCUCCCUCCCACUCUCCUCCUCUCCCCUAUCAACCCCCCCACUCCACCACACACGACACCGGCCUGCUACCUCGCCCCCACUCCACUGGUACCCUCCCCUCCUCCUCCUCCUCCCUCCCCUACCCUUCCUCCUCGCUCCACCCACCCUCCGCUGCUAUCCCUUCCACCACCACCCUUGGCUCCAGCGCAAGUGCUUCGUCUGCCUCUAAAGCAGCAGCAGCAUUGGACGUAUCUGGACCGUACCCGAGGGACCCUUACCUGGAUGAACGGUUCAGAUUGGCGGCUGAGAGGAGGAGCACGGCAAGGGAAAUGGGGGAGAGGUGGAGGGCGAGGGAGAGGCUGCCUGCGUGGAAGGAGAGAGAUGCGGUAGUGAGGUUGGUGCGAGAGAAUCCAGUGUCAUUGAUCGUGGGGGAAACUGGCUGUGGGAAGACCACUCAGGUCCCUCAGUUCAUCCUGGAAGAUUCGGAGCGAAAUGGCAGCGCUAGCAGCACGCACAUCAUAGUCACGCAGCCUCGCAGAAUUGCAGCUUUGAGUGUGGCGGAGCGUGUGGCAUGGGAGAGGGGCGAGGCGUUGGGAGACAGUGUGGGGUAUCGCAUUCGGCUGGACAGCAACCCGCCCAGAGCCAGAGGCAGCAUUCUCUUCUGCACUGUUGGGAUUCUGCUGCGACGAAUGCAGAGCCCAGAGGGCAUGGAGGGCGUGAGCCACGUGAUCGUGGACGAGGUGCAUGAGAGGGACAUGGACACAGACUUCCUACUCAUCGUGCUCAAGCAGAUGCUCUCCACCGCGCACCACCGCAUCCACGUGGUCAUCAUGAGCGCCACUAUUGACGCUGAUCUCUUCACCAGCCAUUUGCUGCCACUGCGGUUGCUGCUGCUGCUGCUGAGCCUCGUGAGCUGGGGAGAUGAGAAGAAGGAGGUGGCUGCUUCAGCUUCUGGCUACACUAGACCGACCGUUGUUGGCCGGGAUGGGACGAGUGAGCGAGCUGGCGGCACGGCAUCGCGGAUCUGUUUUGUGGCGCCUCAAAACCUGGCACCAAUGCGUCACAUCUACUUCCACCACUGCCCCAUGCUCGCCAUCCCUGGGUUCAUCCACCCCGUCUACUUCCACCACUGCCCCAUGCUCGCCAUCCCUGGGUUCAUCCACCCCGUGUCAGUGCACUCCCUGGACGAUCUCCCCCCCCUCAUGGGCCGAUACGCGCCCCCUGUGGUGCACAAGGCCCUGGGCCCCAAGUACGGGUCCGCUGACGAGGACGAGCUCGAUGCUGAGCUGGCAGCGAGGGUGGUGGCGUGGGUAGAUGACGAGUAUUCGAGGGAAGACGGGUCUAUCCUCUGCUUCCUGCCUGGCUGGGACACCAUAGCUGAAGCCAAGCGCCAGCUGCAGUUCCUCCCAGGCUCCUCCCGCUUCCACAUCGUCAUGCUGCACUCGCAGGUGCCGCCAGCAGAGCAGAGAUUAGCGUUUGAUCACCCGCCAGAGGGAAAGCGCAAGGUGAUUUUAUCGACCAACAUCGCUGAGACGAGUGUGACUAUAGACGACGUGGUUUUUGUGGUGGACGGCGGCAAGUCCAAAGAGAAGUACUUUGAGCCGGCGAGGAACAUCUCGUCCAUGCGCGUGCAGUGGGCGUCCAAGGCCAGUGUCAAGCAGAGGCAGGGCAGAGCGGGGCGCGUGCGGCCGGGAAAAUGCUUCCGCCUCUUCACUCGCACGGUGUAUGAAGCCAUGGCUCCCAACUCAGUCCCUGAGAUGCAGCGAGUGCCCCUCGAAGAAAUCUGCCUGCAGAUCAAACCGCUCCCCCUCGCAGCUGCCGUCACCUCCCAAACCUACUCCUCCCACCCCUCCUCCUCCUUCCCUUCCUCCUCCAUCCCCUCCUCCUCCUCUGUCCAUCGCAGCACAAACAUCGGCCUCUUUCUCGCCAAGGCUCUCUCUCCCCCGGACCCCUUCGCAGUGCGCCACGCAAUCGAGAAUCUCCAGAGGCUAGGAGCUCUGGACGAAGACGAAGAGCUCACAGCCCUUGGAUCGACGCUCAGCCGGCUCGCUGUGCACCCUCGGAUCGGCAAGAUGCUCGUCUACGGCUCCCUCCUGCACUGUCUUUCUCCUCUCCUCUCUGUCGCUGCGGCUGCUUCCCUCUCCCGCGACCCGUUCCUCGCACCGAUCACCAACCGCAAUGCCGCCGAUGCUGCGCGCCGAGCCUUCGCGGCAGGUUCGGCAGCGGGGAGCGACCAUCUAGCGGUGGUGAUGGCCCAUGAGGGGUGGAUGAAGGCGAAUAUGGAAGGCCGGGCGAUGGGAUACUGCGAUGAGAACUUCCUGGCACCUUCCGGCAUGCGCCUGAUGCUGGGUCUGAAAUUGCAGAUUGAGCGAAUGUUAUGGGGGGCUGGGCUGGCCCGCUUGGGGGAGUCCCUUGAUGCUGACCUGCCGCCUAAAACGCCUCAGGGGGUUACGUUGGGGCAUGGGAAGGAGUCUGAAAAUGGAAGAGGUAGGGGGGUAGAGGGACGGUCUGGCAGUGGUGGUGGUAGCGAUGGUGCCGGCGGUGCUGGUGCUGGUGCUGGUGCUGGUGCUGGCGCUGGUGGUGGCGGUGGUGGUGUUGGCGGUGGCGCAUCUCCGCUUGCUGGUAGGCCUGACAUCCGCCAUGUGACUCGCAUCGAUGCUCGCUCCACCUCGACACAGGUGGUUGAUGCCAGGGGUGCUGGUGGCAGCAGGGACAGCUGGAGGGACAGGGAGGACAGGGGCUCUGAAAGGGACAGGGAUCGGGAUCGGGAUCGGGAUCGGGAUCGGGAUCGGGAUAGGGAUAGGGAUAGGGAUAGGGAUCGGGAUCGGGAUCGGGACAGGGAUAGGGAUCGAGAGAGGGAGAGGGAGAAGAACAGAGACAAGGAAAGGGAGAAGGAGAGUGAGAGUCGGCAGCGCAGGUCGCGGUGGGAUGUGCGCGUGGCGGACGAGCGCAUGGACGAGCAGCUAGACAGCCGAGAGUACAAAGCAACUGCGGCUCAAUCCGAGCCCCAAAUAGACGAGACUGAUGAGUCCUCGCUCUUUAUCGCCCGCUCGGUGCUAGUUGCCGGCCUCUCCCCCCAUAUAGCCCGCUCCGAUAUGCUCCCAGAGGCCAGGGGCGGUGGUGCGGGCAGCAGCAGCAGUGGGAAGCAGAAAGUUCGGCUGAGGUUCGGAUUCCGGACCUCGGAGGGCCGGGUGUGGAUUCACCCGACGGGGGUGAUACCACAGCAGGGCAAGGCAUUGGACGAUGGGGGGGUGCAUUUUCUCACCUUCAACGAGCGUGUUCAGACAUCUCAGGUGUUCAUCCGAGGCUGCACGCUCAUCCCAGCUCUUUCCAUCGUCCUAUUUGGGGGGCCGAUUUACCUUGCUCCUGCCCCAGGCCCGUUUCUACCCCUGGGUGGGUCGUUCUCGUCUGGUAACCUGUACCCUGCUAGUGGUUAUGGGUUUUCCUCCACGUCCUCCUCCCAGCCUGUGCUGCUCGUUGUGGACCGUUGGAUCGAGUUCGUGGUGGAUCGGCAUGUGGGCGAGCUGCUUCUGCAGCUCAGAGCUGUGCUGGAUUCUAUUCUGGGGCGGUGGGUGGCGGGAGGGCCGCGGCCGGCCAAUGAGAGGCGAGUGGUGGGGUGCGCAGUGCGGCUUCUGGAGCAAGCGGGGAGAGCAGCAGUGAAGGAGUUGGAAAUUGCGGAGAAAAGCACUGCUGCUGCUGGUAUGGGUGGUGUUAGGGCAUCGGCUGGGGCUGCUGCUGCUGGAGGUCGAGUGAUCGAUGAUGGUGAUCGGUGGAUGUCAGGAGGAGGUGAUGCUGGUGGGGGCGAUUGGAGGGGUGGAGGUGGUGGUGGUGGGGGGGAUUGGAGGAGUGGAGGUGGUGGUGGUGGUCGCAAUGAGCCGAGUCCUCAUGGGUAUAGACGUUCAAGUGGAGGUGGCAGUUGGGGUGGUGGAGGGUAUGGGGAUCGAGCCUCCAGGGAUGCGACUGGGUACCAUAGGUAGCUCAUAGAAUUUUGUUGCAGACAUGGCAUGUGCAUGAUAUUUCACAGUACGAAUUGCCUCUUGAGUUGCCCUUUAUGUGUAGACAUGGCAUGCUAAUGUUCGUCAAAUUG